ACCUUAAGCCUUCAAACAAACUUCACUAAACUACUUCCUAGCACCCAAGGAAGGAAUUUUAUGGAAAGUUUCAGGGAUGAGGAGGCAAAGUUUAAGUUGUGUAAGGUUCGAUCAGUACAGUUUGGACAGAAGGGCAAGCCAUACCUGAAUACCUAUGAUGGUCAUACCAUUCGUUACCCAGACCCACUCAUCAAGGCCAAUGACACCAUCAAACUUGACCUGGAGAACAACAAGAUUAUUGAAUUCAUCAAGUUUGAUGUUGGGAAUGUUGUCAUGGUGACUGGGGGAAGGAACAGAGGUUGGGUUGGAGUAAUCAAGAAUAGAGAGAAACAUAAGGGAAGCUUUGAGACCAUCCAUGUCCAAGAUGCCACAGGUCACGAGUUUGCUACUCGUCUUGGUAAUGUCUUCAUCAUUGGAAAAGGUGCAAAGCCCUGGGUGUCUCUUCCAAAGGAGAAAGGUAUCAAGUUGUCAGUUAUAGAGGAACAAAGGAAAAGGAUUGCUGCCCAGGCGGCUACUACUGCCUAA